AUGUCGAGGCCAAAGAUGCUUGAACCGGAUGCAGCAGCGGUCCAGGACUGUCCUAUGAGCGAUACAUGGUGUAUCCUGCGUAUUGUUUACACAGUACACAGGUGGGUGGUACCCCUGGCCCCCCUUAAUACCCACACACCAUCAGCAGCCCUACCAUGCAAGGAAAUGAUCCAACUUCAAACCGGGUUAAACGAUGGCGGGCCCCCAGGCGGAUCCUUGAAGGCUUUAUUCCAAGCAGCGAGCCCUAGUGGCAUCUCAGCUCACUGCUUCGUGGAGUACGCGGUAUCGCAGUGCUGUGCUGCCAAAUGGCAGCAUCAUUGCGUGGGCCGACCAUUUCCCAGAACCCGCCAGCAGGUCUACUUGACGUCACGACGUGGAUCCUGCGUGCAGCCUUAA